AUGCCUUAUGUUAUUGUAUCUGGAAAUUUGAACCCUAACAAAAACGGCGUAGCUGGACAACCGUCAAUCCCUCCAGGAUGGAGAGUAGGAAUUUCUGGAUUAAAAGCCUGUGAUUUGGAAGAUUUGAAAAGGUUUACCUAUGAACAAGGGAGUGAUGUGCACACAGUUUCAUUUCGUCAUCACCCAGUCGUGCUUUUAAAUGCAUUAGAAGUGUUAGGAUACAGAGUCAUAAGCUCAUUUCAUGUGAAUCCAGAUAGUUGUGUGUGGACUAUGCGUAAAGAUUUUCCAGAACCUUGCCCUGAGCCAUCUGAUGAAGAAGAGAGUGAUUCUGCCCCAGAGAUUGAUUAA